GCAUUAAAAAAAAAAAAAAAAACUUUGAAAUACUACGCCACUUCUCCAAAAAUCGAGACGGAAACAAUAAGGAGUUGGGGAUCCAAGAACCGCAUGCGGCCAUCGCUCUCUCGAAAGUGGUGAUUGGCGGUGGCGAUGCUGGGUGUUGUUAUCGGCGGUUCUCGUGUUUAUAAAUUCACCAAUAACACCAACCUCUAGUGUUCUUGAAUCUUCUUCUCUUUAUGAAUAAAUAAGAACAUAUACAACAAAUUGCGAAGUUUAUUUGUGGGAUGCACGGGUGGGAUUUCGCUCUGAUACAUAAAUUUGUUUUUCUUCUCUUUUAUUUACCCGAGAUAUAGGAGCCCUUUUGAAUUAGAGACAUAUACAUACAUAUAUACAUGUGUAGAUUUACAGAUCAAUACAUGUGUAUGGGUGUGUGUAUGUGUCUUGUGUAGGGGGGACAUUUAAACGUGAAGAGGGAUUAUAAUAGGGAAAAAGCUUUGGAUCUCGCCAAGCACUGGACAAUAGAACGUUACCUCAAGUUCUAUUGAAUUUUCUCAAUUAAGGAGAGUUUGAGCAAAGAUAAUGCCGUUCAAAUCCAUUAUUCGAGAGCUCAAAGGAAAGAAUGGCUUAGAGAACAAGAAAAAGAAACUAUCUGAGUCAAAAUGUGAGCAAGGUCAUACGAGGAAACUAUAUGAGUCAAAUUGUGAGGAAGGUCAUACAAAAUCAUACAUUGUUAUUGAGGGAUCAUUGUCAUCUCAAUCUGCAUUGAUACAAGAAAGCCUGUGGGCAGAUUUGCCUUCCGAGUUGCUUCUUGAUAUUUUCGGUAGAGUGGAGGAAAGCGAGACCACAUGGCCAGCCCGGAGGGCUGUGGUUGCAUGUGCUGGGGUUUGCAGGUCAUGGAGAGAAGUUGCUAAGGAAGUGGUAAAGACUCCUGAAGAAUGUGGGUUACUGACUUUUCCCAUGUCACUAAAGCAGCCGGCUCCAAGAGAUUCCCCAAUUCAAUGCUUUAUCAAAAGGGAAAGGGCGACAUCAAUGUACCAACUGUAUCUUGGCUUGAGCCCUGCACUUGCAGGGGACCCAAGCAAAUUGUUGCUGGCAGCAAAAAGGAUCAGGAGGGCAACAAAAACAGAUUUUUUGAUAUCCUUGUCUGCAAAUGAUUUUUCUCAGACCAGUAACAAUUAUGUUGGAAAACUAAGGUCAAACUUUUUUGGCUCCAAGUUUGUCAUUCAUGAUUGUCAACCUCCAUCCAACUCUGCUAUCCAGUCCCAUGGUUGGUCACGUAAAAAAAUCUCUAUGAAGAAGGUGUCCCCGAGGCUACCUGUUUGCAAUUAUAACGUGGCCACCAUAUCAUAUGAACUCAAUAUUCUGCGUACCAGGGGGCCAAGAAGAAUGCAAUGCAACAUGCACACAAUCCCUGUCUCUGCAAUUCAAGAAGGUGGAAGCACCCCUACACCUGCUACAUUUAGUAAUGGACUUGAAGAAAUGUUCUCUCCCUUGACAGAGUCUACAGAGAAAAAACAAAAAUCUACUUUUGCUAGUCCUGUGAAGUUACCGGCAUCCAUCUGCACCACUAGAGAUCCACUUGUUUUAAGAAACAAAAUUCCAAGAUGGCAUGAGCAGCUCCAGUGUUGGUGCCUGAACUUCAGAGGACGUGUAACAGUGGCCUCUGUCAAGAACUUUCAGCUGGUAGCUGCUGUAGAUGCGUCAAAGAAUGUUCCCAUUGCAGAACAAGAGAAAGUGAUCUUGCAAUUUGGGAAGAUAGGGAAAGACAUAUUUACCAUGGACUAUCUUUACCCCCUUUCUGCCUUUCAGGCCUUCACAAUCUGUUUAAGCAGCUUUGACAUGAAACCAGCAUGUGAGUAGCCAAUUUUUCUUACCAUCAUGGGCUGUAAUUUUGCUUGGCUCCAUGCAAAUGAUAUCUUCAUGUAAAAUUUUUAUUUUUAUUUUUGAAAGGAAACAUUUAAGGUUUAUUACUUGUAUAAAGAUUAGGCUUCUGGUAAUGUAACGGCUAGAGUCAAAUGAUCUAGUUUGAAGUUUGAAUCAAAUGUACGAUGCAGAAGAGUUUCUUGACU